UUAAGUGCAGUCUAGUCAUAUGCUGUUGUACGUAUGUAAUCGUAACGUUCCGUUAUAAUUGCUGAAACGCAGAACACGGGUCACAGCUGACCGGCACGGUCAUCAAUCACGAUACAAGUUACAACUUCGAAUUCACAUCCAACAAAUCCUUUGUAUAUGUGCAUGCAUCCCCAAUAGGCAAUGCGCAUUGGCCAUGCAUUAAUCAGAGUUAGCCUCAGGUGUGGAUAUUCGUCGUUCCUGUUGGCGAGGGCUUCACACUGCUUCAGAGGGACAGCACAAUCCAAAGCUCGGCCUGAGUGGGUGACCGCAGCCGGUAGACUGAACCAGCAGAGUCGAACGACGGCAAGUUGGAUGACGACUACGGCACUGGCGGAAAUUAAUAUGGAGCAGAAAUCAGUUGAAGUUUGCAGGCUGAUGGGUCCAGAAGAUGCCAACUUUAGCGGCAACGUUCAUGGAGGGGUUAUCCUCAAGAUGAUAGAGCAAGCAGGGCUGAUUGUAUCCACUAGACACUGCAACGUCAUGAGAGAGCAGGCGUCGGACACGGACGAGGAGCAGGAGCGGUGCGUUGCCGGCCUGGUGAGGGUCGAGAAGACUGACUUUGUCCAGCCGAUGUACAUCGGAGAGGUCGCCCAGCUGCAUGCCGAGAUCACGCACACCGCUCACCACUCCAUGGAAGUACAGGUCAAAGUCUGGGCGGAGGACAUUCUGAAGGGCACAAGAAGGAUGACAAACCAAGCGACGCUGUGGUACGUGCCGACCAGCAUCAAGACGAUGGGCAAAGUGCUUCCCGUGCCCAAGAUCACCUACGCCUCCCCGGAGCUGGAGGCGGCAGGCUGGGACCGUUACCACAAGCAACAGGCCGCCCGGCAGAGACAAGGCAUAGGACGGACCGUCAGCGUGAGCAUGGAGGAGAUUGACGAAAUGAAGACGGUGGCGAAUUCUAUUGAAGAGCACACCGUGCCAAAUGCCCAGUCGAGCCUGAUUCAUUUAGCUGGCGUGACCGACUGCAACUACGCAAAUUUUGUGAACGGAGGGGUGACCAUGAAACUGAUGGACGAGGUGGCCGGGAUCACGGCAUUUAAACACUGCAAAACGUCCGUGGUGACGGCGUCCAUGGAUGCCGUCAACUUUCACCAGCCUAUUCCGAGAGGUGCCGUAAUGCACGUCAUCGGGCGGCCUACCUUCUCCAGCAAUCGCUCCAUCGAGAUUGAGGUAUUCGUGGACAUGGAGACCAUGUUCCACGGUCACGCCACCGAGCAGAGAGCUGUCCACGCCUUUUUCACUUUUGUCUCGCUCGGAAACAAGAAGCAGAUACUUCCCGUCCCGCAACUCAAGGUCAAGACAGAGGGUGAAAUUGCCAGGUUUCAAGAAGGACUGGCUAGGUACGAGGAACGCAAACAGGCCCGGUCCAAAGAGAAAACCCAGGCCUAACCCACAAGCAUUAACAAGUCCCGAAGCUCAGGAUAAGUUACACUGUUCGAUUAAUUUAAAAACUGCUCUUGUUUUCGGAGAAAAAAAAGUAUACAUGUAUGUCCUUUUUAGUUUGAAAUGUCAUUAAAUAGGUGCAAGCACAUGCUACCGGAUAAUUUGGUUCAACGGAUUUAUCUUUAGGCAACUUUGAGCCAUGACUGUAGUUUAGUGUGGUUUGACCAACAUCACUCGAACGAUGGAUGGUUAACCAUUUGGAACCAGACUCCAGCUUUCAUCACUCGUUAUCUCUAGUCUAUUUAGUAAUUGAGCACUGAGGGAACCAUUGGCACGAAAAUAUUUAUCUGAGAUGGCAGAGACGGUAAAUACAACAAGAGAUGCGACCAACGCUAGAAAAUAAGAGAUGAUGGGAUUUUAAAAAAGAAUUCAAGUAGAGUUGUUCGAGUUGGACUGUAUUGUAAACAAGCUCUUGUACUAGUCUUCGUUCCAAGACGUUGCUGUAGUUUAUUCUGUCAUCACGAACCAUCACUGUUAGAGGGCACUGUCCCUACAUGAACUGCUAUCUCUUGAAGUCAGAAACGAAUCCAGGUGAAGAGAGUGCCCUCUCAUGUCUGAAUUAGUCCAUUUCAGCUCAAAGCAAUGUGUAGGUCUUUGAACCAGGACUGCGUAAGAACACAUGCAUUGGUUAGAAUCAAUUGAUCAAUGCCGAACUUUCAUUCAAGUUCAGAUGUACCGUACAUGCUUUCAAAGGGGACUGAAGUCCAGUCUAAACUUGAAUACUGAUAAUUAUUCACAUAUUUAUUAUAUUUACAAACUGUACUGAAAAAUCAGAAAUAAGAAAGUUCGAGGCUGCUGGGUUAGUUAACAGUACUGACAAGAAAUGUCUACCCUAUAAAAUGCUUCUUUUGAACAAAAGUUAACCAUGCCAUAUAACCGGCAUUUUGCAUAAUUAACUAUUCAGUGUUGUACGGUUUUAUGGUGUUAUGUGAUGGAUUGUACGGUGUUUUCUUUUUAAAUCAGCGUUACAUUGUAGUUGUGUUUUUCCAGUCAGAUAAUCUCAACAGUCAUAUUUGAAGUUUCAGUUGUGACUGUGUAGAGGUUUAUAAUACUAUAAAUUGUAGUCUAAACAAGGUCAUUUUUGGAAAUACUUUAUUACAAACAGAGAGCAAUAAAUGUCUUUCACGCACUAGAUGUAUUUAAAAAAAAGAAAAUUCAGUCAAACGUUUAUUGUAUUUAGCAACACACUUUUUUUAUGGACCAAUUUUAGCAACACAUUUAGUUGUCUGUGAUGGUUGCCUUUCGAGUACUCGAGUAAGAAUUAUUCAUAAUUUCAAACUGUAAAAGAGAUUGUUAAUAUGAUAAUAAAAGAGUUUGUUAAUAUGUGAUCAGCGUUGAAUUAGGAAAAGGGGAGUCUAUCACUGACAAGGCAGAAGGAUUGCAGCAUUAGCUCAUUUGUAAACUUUAAUAUCUUCUUUGAAUCGCUAGUUACAUAAAUUUUGAAUUUUUAACAAGUCUACAACUUUUCGGGUCGUCGUUAUAAAUCAAAAACAACACCAACUUAACUAUCCACCUUUUGCUUCAGGAGCACAUCGUCUGGUUUGUUAGAUUUGAUGCCAAAACGGCGUUUACAAAUAUUUUAUUCUCUUGCAGAAUAAUUUAAAGAACAACUUCAGAGUCAUAAAGUAAACUUUACAUUUGAUGCGGUGGUAUUAAGAAGUAGCCCGCGUUUUUGUGUUUUAAAUUUGGCCCAACCCUUGCCUCUAGCAUAUCCAGGGACUCAAAAGUGUUAUACCGCCCCUUGUAUUAUGAUAACGUAGUAAAUUGUAGCAUAUGAUUGUAUGGACCAUAUUGAAAUGUUAUAGUUUCGUUACGCAGUGCUUAAAGAUUUUUAUGUUGCAUUUUGUCAAAUGGUUAUUUUAUGAUUUUUAUGUUGCGUUUAAUUUGUCAAAUGGUUAUUUUUAUUCAACUAGCAACUGAAAUCGCACAACUUGUUGUCAGUGGAUUACGUAAAAAAUAUAUAUCAAUUGUUCCUCUUUCUGGAGA